ACGCCCCCCCACCACCCGCCCACCACCACCACCACCAUUUUACUCCUCCCUACUCAACCACCGUCAGCACCACCACCCCCACCGCCGCCUCCGCCCGCUACGCCAUCGUUUCUUUUCAUUCCUCUGUUUCCCCUGCACCAUCUUCACAAUGGUGCGUCGCCCCUUCCAAGUUCUUGAGCUCAGUUUACUCUCCGCCAAUGACCUCGCUUCCGUCUCCAAAACCAUGCGCACCUUCGCCGUCGCCUGGAUCAAUCCAAAUCGGAAACUUACGACGCGCGUCGAUCAAGUCGGUCUCACAAAUCCAACAUGGAAUGAGAAAUUCGUUUUUAAAGUCGACGACGAGUUGCUUGAAGAUCCAACCUCCACUGUUACGAUUGAGAUCUACUCCUCUGCUUUGCUUCGUGAUAUCCUUGUUGGUACUGUUACAGAAGUCGUUAGCAACCUCAUCCCACAAUCCUCCUCUAAAUCCAAUAUGAGAUUCCUCACGCUUCAGGUUCGCCGCCCGUCCGGCCGUCCCAAGGGCAUCGUGAAAGUUGGUGUGACGUUGUUGGAUAGCGCGAAGCGGAGCAUGCCGCUGGAGAGCGAUCUUGGUUCAUCGGCCGUCGAUUACGACUGGGACUUAACAGACAUCAAAGCACAGAAACAGAAUUUCCAAAGGAACGGAUACACGACCGUUUUGAAGCGAUCGCAUAGUGAGCGGUACGAUCCUGAUGGUUUUAGUGCCAAACCUGCCGGAUCGGUUUGUAAUGCGAGCUCGGUAAUGGGCGGCCGCGAGUCUGUUCGGAGCAGAUCGGAGCUCGGAACAACGAAGAAAAUUGUAAACGCGAAUGGCUCACUCUGCUCUGACGUCGGGCCAUCGCCGUCAGUCGUGGCAGCGGCGAUAGCGAAGGGGUUGUAUCCGGCGCCGGACGACGUUGGGAGUUCCAUUUUGGAGGAUUGGACGGAGAAAGACAGUAUUGAAGGGCUAAAAACGAAGAUCGAAAGAUGGAGAACGGAGUUACAUCCAGUGUACGAUAAUGAAUUAAAGAAAUUGGUAUCAAGAAGUUACAGAAAGAAAUCGGUGAGGAAGCAGCGGCGGAAAAAGGGAUCCGGGCUGUUCUCGUGCUUCGGAACCGCGUAUGGCUGCGAAUUCUCGAUCACUUGCGGCGGACCUAACCAGAAGAAGAAAUCUGGGAAUGGGAAAGGGCAUAUGACGCCAUCGGAGAUCACAUUCGACGAAUCGUACGUCUAAUCGGAGAAAAAAGAACGGCAGAGAGAGGAGCGAGAUAGAAGAGAGAGAAGGAGAGAGAGACGCUCGGAGAAAAGCUGAAACCGCACUGAGGAAGUGGAAGACCGCCAUGGAUGGAUGGUUGGUCUCUUCAGAAUCGUGUGGAGAGGGAGAGAGGUUUUUUUUAGGGUUUUUCCUCUUCGCUCCAAUUAUUCCCUUUCUUUUUUCACUCAUAUUUUCCUUUUUUUAUUUUCCUUUAUUAUUCUUUUUUUAUUUUUUUUAAUUAAUUGAUGAUGUAUAUGGAAAGAGUCAUGUGUUGAUUCUUCGAAAUGAUGUUAUUUUUUGUUGAGCGAUCAUGGCUUAUAACUGGAUGGGGGUGGCAAGUCGUGGAUGUGAUAUUCGAUGUAUAAUAUGGAAGAGAUAAAUAAUA